UUUAGCUGCUUGCCAUUUGUUAGCUUCUUUAAAAUGUUCAUGUUAAGCUAGGAAACAGUUGAGUAUGCCUUCCUCAUCAUUUUCACAAUUGAGACUUUUCUGAAGAUUAUCGCUUAUGGCUUGGUGAUGCACCAGAAUGCGUAUGUGAGAAACGGCUGGAACAUGCUGGAUUUCGUCAUUGUGGUGAUUGGACUCUUCAGUGUUGCAUUGGAGCUUUUGACCAAAGAAGAAAAGGGAGAAGUUGAAGGAGAUACCCAUGCAUCAAUGCAUGGGCACGGGGGUAAGCCAGGUGGAUUUGAUGUUAAAGCCCUUCGAGCCUUCCGUGUGCUGCGCCCCCUGCGGCUGGUCUCAGGAGUACCCAGUUUACAGGUGGUGUUGAACUCCAUCAUUAAAGCCAUGGUCCCUCUCCUGCACAUUGCCCUCCUGGUCUUGUUUGUCAUUAUCAUCUAUGCUAUUAUCGGCCUGGAGCUGUUCAUUGGUAAAAUGCAUGCAACCUGCUAUUUCCCCGGUUCAGAUAUGAUAGCAGAAGAGGAGCCAGCUCCAUGUGCGAUCUCAGGGCAUGGGCGCCAGUGCCCCAUCAACGGCACGGAGUGCAGGGAAGGCUGGCAAGGUCCCAACGGUGGCAUCACCAACUUUGACAACUUUCUGUUUGCCAUGCUGACGGUGUUUCAGUGUAUCACCAUGGAGGGCUGGACUGACGUGCUGUACUGGAUGAACGAUGCCAUGGGCUUUGAGCUUCCAUGGGUGUACUUUGUCAGUCUUGUGAUCUUCGGCUCCUUUUUCGUUCUUAACCUGGUUUUGGGUGUGUUGAGCGGAGAGUUCUCCAAGGAGAGGGAAAAGGCCAAAGCUCGCGGAGACUUCCAGAAGCUGCGUGAAAAGCAACAGCUGGAGGAGGAUCUGAAGGGUUACCUGGACUGGAUCACUCAGGCUGAAGACAUUGACCCUGACAAUGAGGACGAGGCAGAUGAGGAGAGCAAGCGUAACCGGGUGACUCUGGCUGACCUUACUGAGAAGAAGAAAGGAAGGUUUGGGUGGUUCAGCCAGUCGUCCGACACUCAUGCAAGCGUUCCAGCCAGUGAAACAGAGUCUGUGAACACCGAGAAUCAGAACGGGGAGGAUGAAAAGACGCCAUGCUGCGGACCUCUGUGUCAAAAGAUUUCAAAGUCAAAGUUCAGUCGGCGCUGGCGCCGAUGGAACAGAUUCUGCCGCAGGAAGUGCCGUUUGGCUGUCAAGUCAGUGCCUUUCUAUUGGCUGGUCAUCAUCCUUGUGUUCCUCAACACCCUGACCAUAUCAUCAGAACAUUACAACCAGCCUUUGUGGCUGACACAGGUGCAAGAUGUGGCCAACAAGGUGCUGCUGGCCCUGUUCACAUGUGAAAUGUUGGUAAAGAUGUACAGUCUUGGGCUGCAGGCUUAUUUUGUGUCACUCUUCAACCGCUUUGACUGCUUUGUUGUGUGCGGAGGAAUCACUGAAACCAUUCUGGUGGAGCUGGAAAUCAUGUCUCCGCUCGGUAUCUCUGUGUUCCGCUGCGUGCGCCUGCUGAGGAUUUUCAAGGUCACACGACACUGGCAGUCUCUGAGUAACCUGGUGGCAUCGCUGCUCAACUCCAUGAAGUCCAUUGCUUCCCUGCUUCUGCUGCUCUUCCUCUUCAUCAUCAUCUUCUCCCUGCUCGGCAUGCAGGUGUUUGGUGGAAAAUUCAACUUUGACGAAACCCAGACAAAAAGGAGCACCUUCGACAACUUUCCCCAGGCCCUGCUCACUGUGUUUCAGAUCCUGACUGGAGAAGACUGGAAUGCUGUAAUGUAUGAUGGGAUCAUGGCGUAUGGUGGCCCUUCCUCCUCUGGAAUGAUUGUGUGCUUUUACUUCAUCAUCCUAUUCAUCUGUGGAAACUAUAUCCUCUUGAAUGUCUUCUUGGCUAUCGCUGUGGACAACUUGGCAGAUGCAGAAUCUCUCAACACAGAUGAAGGAGACAAAAAAGGGGACAAAAAAGAUGAUGAUAAAGAUGAGAAGGAUGAGGAUGAGGACAAUGACGACACUGCAGCGGAGGAGGAGGACCCUGAAGUCCCAUCGGGGCCUCGGCCGGUCAUCUCCGACCUGGUAAAGAAGGAGAAGAUCACUCCUAUCCCAGAGGGAAGUGCCUUCUUCAUCUUCAGCAACACAAACCCGGUUCGUGUGUUUUGCCACAGACUCAUUAAUCAUCACAUUUUCACCAACCUCAUCCUGGUGUUCAUCAUGCUCAGCUCCGUCUCACUCGCUGCUGAGGAUCCAAUCCGAAACUUCUCAGCUCGCAAUAUUAUACUUGGUUACUUUGACUAUGCUUUCACGGCUAUCUUUACUGUUGAGAUCGUUUUGAAGAUGACGACAUAUGGAGCUUUUCUUCAUAAAGGAGCAUUCUGCAGGAAUUACUUCAACCUUCUGGACCUGCUGGUGGUGGGAGUCUCCCUCGUUUCCUUUGGCAUUCAGUCUUCUGCCAUCUCUGUGGUGAAGAUUCUCAGGGUCCUUCGAGUACUUCGACCCCUGAGGGCCAUCAAUAGAGCCAAAGGCCUGAAGCACGUUGUGCAGUGUGUGUUUGUGGCCAUCAGAACCAUCGGUAACAUCAUGAUCGUCACCACGCUGCUUCAGUUCAUGUUCGCCUGUAUAGGUGUGCAGCUGUUCAAGGGAAAAUUCUAUCGCUGCACAGAUGAAGCUAAGUCCAGCCCAGUAGAGUGCAAGGGCACCUACAUCCUGUACAAAGAUGGAGAUGUGAACCAGCCAACUGUCCACAAACGGGUGUGGCACAACAGUGACUUCAACUUUGACAACGUCCUCAUGGCCAUGAUGGCUCUGUUCACUGUGUCCACCUUUGAAGGCUGGCCUGCGUUAUUGUACAAGGCCAUUGACUCCAACAGGGAAAACCUCGGUCCCAUUUACAACUACCGCGUGGAGAUUUCCAUCUUCUUCAUCAUCUACAUCAUCAUCAUCGCCUUUUUCAUGAUGAACAUCUUUGUAGGUUUUGUGAUCGUCACAUUUCAGGAACAGGGAGAGAAGGAGUAUAAAAACUGUGAACUCGACAAGAACCAGCGUCAGUGCGUGGAAUACGCUCUUAAAGCCCGUCCUCUGAGGAGAUACAUCCCAAAGAACCCAUACCAGUACAAGUUCUGGUAUGUGGUGAACUCCACUGGGUUUGAGUACAUCAUGUUUGUGCUCAUCAUGCUCAACACACUCUGCCUGGCUGUACAGCACUACGGCCAGUCUGCACUCUUUAACUACGUAAUGGAUAUUCUCAAUAUGGUCUUCACUGCUGUAUUCACUGUGGAAAUGGUUCUCAAACUCAUCGCUUUCAAACCCAGGCACUAUUUUGCUGAUGCUUGGAACACAUUUGAUGCCUUAAUUGUUGUCGGUAGUGUCGUCGAUAUCGCUAUCACAGAAGUUAACAACACAGAGGACAGCGCUCGAAUCUCCAUCACUUUUUUUCGUCUGUUUCGAGUCAUGCGGCUGGUCAAACUUCUCAGCAGAGGAGAGGGCAUUCGCACCCUGCUUUGGACUUUUAUUAAAUCCUUCCAGGCUCUGCCAUAUGUUGCUCUUCUGAUAGCCAUGCUGUUCUUCAUCUACGCUGUCAUUGGCAUGCAGGUGUUUGGAAAGAUUGCAAUGGUUGAUGGCACUCACAUUAACAGAAACAACAACUUCCAGACCUUCCCACAGGCCGUGCUGCUUCUCUUCAGGUGUGCCACAGGUGAAGCGUGGCAAGAGAUCAUGUUGGCCUGUAUGCCAGGGAAACUGUGCGACCCAGAGUCUGACUACAACCCCGGGGAGGAGAUGACGUGUGGCAGUGGAUUUGCAAUAGUUUACUUCAUCACUUUCUACAUGCUCUGUGCUUUCUUGAUUAUCAAUUUGUUUGUGGCCGUCAUUAUGGACAACUUUGACUAUCUGACACGUGAUUGGUCCAUUCUUGGUCCUCACCACCUUGAUGAAUUCAAAAGAAUUUGGUCAGAGUAUGACCCUGAGGCAAAAGGCAGAAUUAAACAUCUGGAUGUUGUAACCCUUCUUCGUCGCAUCCAGCCUCCUCUGGGCUUUGGCAAACUGUGUCCUCACAGAGUGGCUUGCAAGAGGCUGGUAGCCAUGAACAUGCCUCUGAACAGUGACGGUACUGUUAUGUUUAAUGCCACUUUGUUUGCACUGGUGCGGACAGCCCUAAAGAUAAAAACAGAAGGUAAUCUAGAGCAGGCCAAUGAAGAGCUGCGAGCUGUCAUCAAGAAAAUUUGGAAGCGAACCAGCAUGAAGCUGCUGGAUCAAGUGGUGCCUCCUGCUGGUGAUGAUGAGGUAACCGUGGGGAAGUUCUAUGCCACCUUCCUGAUACAGGACUACUUUAGGAAAUUCAAGAAACGUAAAGAGGAAGGCCUGGUGGGUGCACACCCUUCCCAGAACAACACAGCCAUUGCUUUACAGGCUGGCCUUCGCACGCUGCAUGAUAUUGGGCCUGAAAUUCGCCGAGCGAUAUCAUGUGAUCUGCAGGAUGACGAACUAAUAGACUUUAUUCCAGAGGAAGACGAGGAAAUUUAUAGGCGUAAUGGUGGACUCUUUGGUAACCAUCUCAUGAAUGGUGGUCAUCGCCGAUCCAAUGGGCAUCAGACCAAUGCCACUCAGCGCCCUUUGCAAGUGCAGCCUCCACCUCACUAUGCCCACAUGGAACAGCCAGUAGGACGCCUGUCUAGAGCCAAUGCAAUGUCCCAUCCCAACCACCAUCAUCACCACCACCACCAUCAUCACCACCGCCACCACAACUCCUACGGAAAGUCUCCCAAAUCUACCAACAUAAACCUCAACAAUGCCAACGUGUCCAGUCUGCCCAACGGAGGACACCAUCGCUACUACGAACACGCACCUCCCAAUGGCUAUCCAGGUCUACGCAGCUCCUAUUACGAUUACGACAAGCCACGGACACCCCAGGGUCAAAGAAGGCGCUACUAUGAGACCUAUGUUAGGUCCCACAGAGGGGAUGGUCACCAUCCCACCAUCCGAAGGGAGGAGGAGUUUGAUGAAGACCGUUUCUCCGGGGAGUAUUACAGCGGGGAGGAGUUUUAUGAAGAUGACAGUAUGCUGUCAGGGGACAGGUAUCAGAACAGCGACACGGAGUAUGAGACUCCCAAAGGCUACCAUCAUCCUGACAGUUACUACGAUGAUGAUGAGCAGCCUCUCUACCACGACUCACGGAGGUCACCAAAGAGAAGAUUGCUUCCUGCAACACCUCAAGGUCAUAGAAGGCCAUCCUUCAACUUUGAGUGUCUGCGCAGACAAAGUAGCCAUGAUGAGCUUCCACAUCAGCGUACUGCUCUACCACUGCACCUUAUGCAGCACCAGGUUAUGGCCGUAGCAGGGCUGGACUCUAGCAGAGCCCAUCGCCUCUCCCCAACCCGCUCCACCCGUUCUUGGGCCACGCCCCCUGCCACACCGGCCAGUAAAGACCAGUCACCAUACUACACCCCUCUCAUACGUGUGGAGCACCCACACAGGGAGAGUGUUGUUGGUAGCCAAGUGUCUGUGCGCAAGAGCUCCUGGUACACAGACGAUCCCGAGUUCUCCCAGAGAACGUACUCACCUGUGCACCUGCAGGUUCCUCCGGAGUACCAUAACCAGUACCACCAGAAAAGAGGCAGUGCAACCAGCCUUGUGGAAGCGGUUUUGAUAUCAGAAGGACUUGGGAGAUAUGCCAAGGAUCCCAAGUUUGUCGCUGCCACAAAGCACGAGAUAGCAGAUGCAUGUGAGAUGACGAUAGAUGAGAUGGAGAGUGCAGCCAGCCACCUGCUGAAUGGAGGAAUGUCCCCGGGUAUCAAUGGGGUAAAUGUGUUUCCCCUUCUGACUCCAAGGGACUAUGAACUGCCGGACACCGCAGCCAGCUACAGCGAUGAAGAGCCAGAGACAGAACCCAGAGGUCCUUAUGAGGAGGACCUGGCAGACGAGAUGAUCUGCAUCACAACUUUAUAGCAGAGGCUGAAGGAUUCUGCACAUUAGGACCCUUAUAGAUUUGCUAAAAUUUAAAAAGAAAUGCAUCUGUUGGCUCUGACCCAAAGAAGUGCCUUUAAAGUGAAGAGAAAAGGCAUAGGGAUGAGAGACACACAAGUCCUGUUCGUUUAAUUGUUCUCCACCUGCCAGCCAUGGAGGUCACAGCACAGAGCCAGUUACCAUUCCUGCUGAGCACAGAGGGACAGACUGGAUCUUCCUUCCAAAGGCUUUGACCUGAUGGUAAUAUACAGGUUCUGCCUGCAGCCAGUCAAAGACAAUAAUGCUGAUGCCAGUGAAAGAGAUGGACCGACUGGCAAAGGUGUGAGAUGCUCUAGAGGGUGGGUCUCUAAGGGUGAUGACAAUCAGAUGUUCGAUGUCAUUACCUCAGUCACUUUUUUAAGGUCUGGCAUAUCAUGCAAGUUUUCAAUGCAAGCAUAGAAAGGCAUAUCUCCUCACAUAGUUUUUAGAAUAACUCGAUCCCUUCGUCGUUAGAGCAGAUCGUUUAAAGAUCGCUAGAGCUGAGUGAAAUAGUGAGAUAGAGAGCUGAGUUGCAACAGAUUAUGCAGGAACUAACAGUCCUACUUAUAGCAUCAUUCAACUUGAGAUAUGUACUUUUGAAGCAACAAAAGCAUUUGUGAUAAAUGCACUAGCAGGCAGGUUAUUUUAACACUUUAGAAUAGCCUGAUUAAUAUUUCAUAGUUGAUAUGCUGUAAAUUGUAUUAUAUAACAAAAGAAACUUUGUAAAGAGAUAUUCUAUAUUUUGUAAUUAUGUAUCAUUUAAAAGAUCAGCAAUAUGGACCCUUGUGACUCAUGUUAUACUAUAAAAGCAGACUUGCAUUAUUUUAUUAGGUAAACUGUUCGGAUGUUUAUUUGCCUUUUAUUUUUUUUGCGAAUAUGCACCUUUUAUUUUGCCUAUGACGACAGCAAUCUUUAGAGGUUCUGCUUAUGUGGCGACACUACCGCACAAGAUAUGCUUUGAUUUCUUAGCAUAGGAGUACACGUGUUACUUCAUCAAACCGACAAUGGAGCAUUUUUAGAAGGCAAGCCUCAAGGAUCCAGUGCUGAAAUUUCGCACAGAUGUGACGAACACAUUUGUUUGCAUAUUUUGUGCACGGUAUUUUAAAAUGCAUAGUGCAUUAACAAUGCUGCUUUUUUUAGUUGGCUUCGGAGUCAAACCUAGGUUUUUGUCAGCCCCUACUGAAAUGCCUUUUUGCUGCUGAAAGAACGAAAACUGAUAGAUGGUAAUCACAGGGAUAAAUUAACACUUUUCAAAGCUCAUGCUGGGAAUUUCACUCUUUGUUGGUCAUGGCAGAGUUUCAUUAGACCUUUGUACCGAAUCUUUGCUAUCACAUCUUAGCCUUCAUGCCGGGUGUGGAGAGGGCUGUGGUGGCAGAAGGCACAUGCACACAUCCAAAGGCCGGAAACAGCCCCAACAUGUGUUCUAGGUGAAAGUACUGAGGGUGUCCUGGUGUCAGGAUGCUGCAGAGAGGCAAAGCAAUACUAACCCCCACACCCCCGACCUUUCUCUCUCAGCCUGCCUGGUUCCUGCGUAUAGUAUACCUCGUUAGGCAUUGGUGAAGACAUAUCAUUGUCACAGCUUAUCUGUUUGUCCCAGUGUCCCACAGUGGAUUCGUUGAGAUUAACUAGGGCUGAACUUGGAUUUUAGUGUGACUGUAUGAAAAUGAAUGGCGCUGCGAGGCAAACCCCACGCUGGGUACGUUAAAAUAAAGGAGUAGCUGGAGCCCACAAGUUUAAAAACACAAGGCAACAAAAUAUCUUUUAAUCAUUCAUCAUCCAUUUUUCUCUCACGUAAAGAUACUGGACUAAAUAAAUUAAAGUGGGCUAUUUCAGGCGUUACCAUAGAGCGUUUAAGGGUUAAUGUGACCUGCUGUUGUAGGCGAGUGCAUACUGUACUCUAAUUCAACCGAAUACUGUCAUGAAAAUGUAGGUUUUCCAUUUUGUGUGCACAUUGAAAGGGCUCUUUGAAUUGUUUGUGAGUAAAAAAAAAAUGUGUUGUAGUCCUUUUGUUGAUAACUGUCAUAUAAAAGGACCAAUGCACAUAAAAGGCACAUUGUACUAUUCGUAGCAAUUACAGUACUGAUGAACUGAAGAUAUGCAUUAUUUUGUAAAACACUUUUAAAAGUUGUGUUAAACUAAAGAUUAAAAGAACUUACUUUUACCUCAUGUCAGGGAUUCCUGAAAAAAGAAAAAAAGAAUAUAAUGAUUUGGUUCAGUCUAUACCAAUGGUAUUUAAAUAUUAGCACAUAGCUGUUUGUCUUUGCACAAGUAACUGUAUAGUGCUUUUUGUUUCUCCUUUUUCUAAACAGAUUUGUGUAUUAAGGUGAGACAAUUUUGUACUUUUUGUGACUGUGUGUAUGGUUUAGUGGAAUCUAUAUUUGUCAUUUACACCUCACCUCAUAAUGCUGGGAAUGAAAGAGUAUUAAAAAAUAUUUUCAAGGUGCACUGUUCCUCUGUUUUGCAGGUAGGAGAAAAAAUAAAAUAAAAUCAAGUACCAGUUUACAGAGAAACACAUGUUGAUUUGAACGUUUCUAUUAGUUUUCUUCAUCUUGUUAUGAUUAUAAUUACUAUUACUACUAUUAAUGUUCAGAAAGCUGUAUUAAAAUAGAAGAUAAUGUAAUAUAUGUACAAUAUGGAAAGACCCAUGGUAAUGUUCUCUACUUGAAAGUCUUGAUAUCUGCUCCUUAAUGUUUUUAUUGAGUAAACAUCUUUUCUCUUAGUAGCAAAUGCUUUACUAUAACCCUCUAGGUUUUGUAUCAAUACAUUUUUUGUAUUUUUUUUAUUUUAUUUUGGCCUUGAUUUUAUUUGAAUCGAU